GAACGGUCGUUCUAUCACGAGACAGCGUUUUCCAUAUUUUUCCAUGAACAUGAACUUUAAAUAAAAAAAUGAAAAUUAAAUAAAAAAAAAAUUAUUAAAAAAAAAUAUUUAAAUAAAAAAAAAAUAAAUAUUUAAUUUAAUUAAUUAAAAUAAAUUAAAUAAAAAUAUUUUUUUUUAUUUCGUGCUAAUUUUAAUUAUUACAAGUGUUAAUAAUAAAUUAUUUCCCACAAAAAAAAUAAUAAUAAAUUAUUCAUGAACAAAAGAAAAACAAAAUCGAGACAAAAAUAAUUGUAAGAACAAGCAAUUAAGUUAAUUUGCAAAGAAAAUGUGGUGCGACAAAUAAAUACAUAAAAAAAUAAAUCGAUAAAAUAAUUUAACGAAAAAAUAAAUAAAUAAAAAAAAAUAAUUAACCAACGAACAAAAAGUGUGAGAAAUUCAUAAUAAUUAAUAAAUUAUCUUAACGACUAAAAUUUUCCAUAUUUUAUUACAUUUUGUUUAUUUUAUUUAUUUUUUUUUUGUAUGAAUAACAAAACAGCUGCUACUGAAAUUCUUGAAACAAAGGAGAUUCCUUUAAACAACGAAUUGGUUCUCAUGCAUUUUUCAUUAUUGAAAAGUAAUCUGCCUUGCAGAUUUCAACUUUAAAAAUCCGGAAAAUCCAUAACAUAAAAAAAAUAAAUUGAAUGUCACAAAAAAAGUUAUAUUAAAUCAAUUUUACAUCAAACAAAUAACGAACGGACAAAUUCAGAGGAAAUCACCCGUCAAAAGUUCAUUCAAUUCAUGCCAAAUUAAAAUAUCUGUCAAUAACAAAAAAUAAAUAAUAAUAAAAUAAUCAACUACUGUACAAUUUUUUCGUUGUUGAUAUUUUUCCUAUAUAUUUAUUAUUUUCCGUGAAAAAAUAAAAUAAAUGUUAAUGAAAAACAGUCAGACCCAUAUUGGCUUGUCAGAAUGACAAGAAAAAUCUAUAAAAAAAUUAAUUGAAGCGGAAAAUAAAUGCAUAUUUUUUUUCAUGUGAAUUUAAAAAAAAAAUAUUUUUUUUUCGUGAAUAUCAUUACAUCUCAUUGUUGAAGGAAACAACAAAAAAUAAAAUAAAUACAAUUUUUUGCGCUUCCUGAAAAAAAUAAUAAAAAGUUAAAUAAAAAAAAAACACGUGCGAUGAAAAAUUACCAAUAAUAAAUAAAUGAAAACAAAAAAAUGUGAUUUUCCACAAAAAAAUAAAAUUAUUAAUGAUUAAUUAAAAAGUAUCGAAAAAGUAUUAAAAUGGAAAUGUUCAAUGAUACUUUUGGUAAUGUAACGAGUUUGAGUUCGACGCCUCAAACAAUGACGUUGAAACAAUGCAUCGGCGAUGCAUCGAGAGUCGCCUACUUGCCAACGGAUUGCGUUAAUGCGUCGUCACUGGACUACGAAGAAUUCGACGAGGAGUCGUUGCAACUGCAACAAGUGGUGAAAAUUGUCGUGCCGACGUUCUUUGGUAUCAUUGGGCUGUCGGGACUACUUGGAAAUGCCUUAGUCGUGUUAGUUGUCGCUGCUAAUCCACAGAUGAGAUCAACAACAAAUUUGCUUAUAAUUAAUUUGGCAGUAGCCGAUCUGCUUUUUGUGAUAUUUUGUGUACCUUUUACGGCGACAGAUUACGUACUGCCAUCAUGGCCAUUUGGCGAUUUGUGGUGUAAAUUUGUUCAGUAUAUGAUAGUUGUGACAGCACACGCCAGUAUUUAUACCCUUGUACUUAUGUCACUCGACAGAUUUCUGGCUGUUGUGCAUCCAAUUGCUUCCAUGUCGAUAAGGACCGAGAGGAAUGCGCUUUUUGCAAUAAUUUUCCUUUGGAUCAUCAUCACGACAACAGCGAUUCCCGUCGCUGUCACACACGGCGAAGUUAUGCAAGUGUGGCAAGGCGAAAGCAACUCCGCUUGUAUAUUCCUUUACCAAGAUUAUAAUUUAGUAGGCUUUCAGGUAUCAUUUUUCCUGUCAUCCUACGUAAUACCUUUAGCUUUAAUAUCGAUGCUGUACGUCGCGAUGCUUGCGAGAUUGUGGAAAGGAGCGCCAGGAGGACGAGUAUCUGCUGAGUCAAGGCGAGGCAAGAAACGUGUCACCCGAAUGGUGGUGGUAGUUGUUCUGGCAUUCGCUAUUUGUUGGCUACCAAUACAGCUAAUUCUCGUGCUAAAAUCCCUGAAACUGUAUGAAACGACAACAAUAAAAGUUAUCAUGCAGGUAGCGGCACAUGUACUGGCCUACAUGAAUUCAUGUGUAAAUCCAUUUUUAUAUGCCUUUUUAUCGGAUAAUUUUAGGAAAGCAUUUCGAAAGAUAGUAGUAGAAUAAAUGUUUUGGGUCCAAAUCAAACAGCACAAAAUCGUUCGUUCGUUCGUAGAAGUUGCCAUCACCCGAGCUUCCCUCUUCCUUUUUGUACAUACAGUAUUUAUAUGGAGUCAAAUAUGAUAACAAAGCAUAUUUUUUAGAAAACACGUUGUCUGCAUGAAAUUCUGUUGUUUGUAUACCAAACGUUAUUACAUGGUAAAAAACAAUGUUAUAAAUAAAUAUAAAAAGAAUAUAUUUGUGACCGUAUUUUUGUAUAAAACU